CGCGCUGGACCGGCUCGUCCUGUUCCGUCCCAAUCAUUGUAAACAGGCGGAGGCUGGGCGGGGUGGGAAUGGGGCGCCCGAGGCCGGCCUGGGGCGCAGCGCAGGAGGCGGCUCCGGUGGCUGCGGCGGCAGAGUGAGCGCGAGGAGGCGGAGGCUGCGGCGGGGCGGGCGGUCGCGCGGCGGCAGGCACAGGUGUAAUGGAUAGGUAACAGAGAAGACCUCGUCCCUUCCUAGUCAGGGCAUCAGCAUGACUGAGUGCUUCCUGCCCCCGACAAGCAGCCCCAGUGAACACCGCAGGGUGGAGCAUGGCAGCGGGCUUACCCGGACCCCCAGCUCUGAAGAGAUCAGCCCUACUAAGUUUCCUGGAUUGUACCGCACUGGAGAGCCUUCACCUCCCCAUGACAUCCUCCAUGAGCCUCCUGAUAUAGUGUCUGAUGAUGAGAAAGAUCAUGGGAAGAAAAAAGGGAAAUUUAAGAAAAAGGAAAAGAGGACUGAAGGCUAUGCAGCCUUUCAGGAAGAUAGCUCUGGAGAUGAGGCAGAAAGUCCUUCUAAAAUGAAGAGGUCCAAGGGUAUCCAUGUUUUCAAGAAGCCCAGCUUUUCUAAAAAGAAGGAAAAGGAUUUUAAAAUAAAAGAGAAACCCAAAGAAGAAAAGCAUAAAGAAGAAAAGCACAAAGAAGAAAAACAUAAAGAGAAGAAGUCGAAAGACUUGACAGCAGCUGAUGUUGUUAAACAGUGGAAGGAAAAGAAGAAAAAGAAAAAGCCAAUUCAGGAGCCAGAGGUGCCUCAGAUUGAUGUUCCAAAUCUCAAACCCAUUUUUGGAAUUCCUUUGGCUGACGCAGUAGAGAGGACCAUGAUGUACGAUGGCAUUCGGCUGCCAGCCGUUUUCCGUGAAUGUAUAGAUUACGUAGAGAAGUAUGGCAUGAAGUGUGAAGGCAUCUACAGAGUAUCAGGAAUUAAAUCAAAGGUGGAUGAGCUAAAAGCAGCCUAUGACCGGGAGGAGUCCACAAACCUGGAAGAAUAUGAGCCUAACACUGUAGCCAGUUUGCUGAAGCAGUAUCUGCGAGACCUUCCAGAGAACUUGCUUACCAAAGAGCUUAUGCCCAGAUUUGAAGAGGCUUGUGGGAGGACCACGGAGACUGAGAAAGUGCAGGAAUUCCAGCGUUUACUCAAAGAACUGCCAGAAUGUAACUAUCUUCUGAUUUCUUGGCUCAUUGUGCACAUGGACCAUGUCAUCGCAAAGGAACUGGAAACAAAAAUGAAUAUACAGAACAUUUCUAUAGUGCUCAGCCCAACUGUGCAGAUCAGCAAUCGAGUCCUGUAUGUGUUUUUCACACAUGUGCAAGAACUCUUUGGAAAUGUGGUACUAAAGCAAGUGACGAAACCUCUGCGAUGGUCUAACAUGGCCACGAUGCCCACACUGCCGGAGACCCAGGCGGGCAUCAAGGAGGAGAUCAGGAGACAGGAGUUUCUUUUGAAUUGUUUACAUCGAGAUCUGCAGGGUGGGAUAAAGGAUUUGUCUAAAGAAGAAAGAUUAUGGGAAGUACAAAGAAUUUUGACAGCCCUCAAAAGAAAACUGAGAGAAGCUAAAAGACAGGAGUGUGAAACCAAGAUUGCACAAGAGAUAGCCAGUCUUUCAAAAGAGGAUGUUUCCAAAGAAGAGAUGAAUGAAAAUGAAGAAGUUAUAAAUAUUCUCCUGGCUCAGGAGAAUGAGAUCCUGACUGAACAGGAGGAGCUCCUGGCCAUGGAGCAGUUUCUGCGCCGGCAGAUUGCCUCAGAAAAAGAAGAGAUAGAACGCCUCAGAGCCGAGAUUGCCGAAAUUCAGAGUCGCCAGCAGCACGGCCGGAGCGAGACCGAGGAGUGCUCCUCCGAGAGCGAGAGUGAGAGCGAGGAUGAGGAGGAGCUGCAGAUCAUUCUGGAAGACUUACAGAGACAGAACGAAGAGCUGGAAAUAAAGAACAAUCAUUUGAAUCAAGCAAUUCAUGAGGAGCGUGAGGCGAUCAUCGAGCUGCGCGUGCAGCUGCGGCUGCUCCAGAUGCAGCGGGUCAAGGCCGAGCAGCAGGCGCAGGAGGACCAGGAGCCUGAUUGGCGCGGGGGUGCCGUCCAGCCGCCCAGAGACGGCGUCCUCGAGCCAAAAGCAGCUAAAGAGCAGCCAAAGGCAGGCAAGGAGCCGGCGAAGCCAUCGCCCAGCAGGGACAGGAAGGAGACGUCCAUCUGAGCAGCCUGCGCGGCCAUCUGGAGUCCGCAAGACUGAAAGGACCCUUGCAUCUUAUUGUAACCCGGGGGCCAGGCCGGCUCUCCCACUGUACAUUCUGUAAAGGUGUCUCCUCUUCUCAGACUCUUCCUCUGUCACACGUCUGACUCCUUCACGUCAGGCUCAGGUUCCAUGGGAGGACGAAGCAGUGGACACAUUGUGGGCUUUAGGGACAGAUGAGUUUUCCAGAUAGUGUCAGCUUAUUUGAAGAUUAAUUUUCUCUGUUAACUUAAAAUAACUAUUUUAACCCUUGAGUGGCUUCUUUUUAAACCAAAAAUCGUCUGUCUUUGCUUUUUUAUCACAGCAGAAUCAGGAUCUCUUUGUCAUUCAAGGGGGUAACCACACCAGGUCAGCGCUGCACCUGCUGUGGCCGCCGCGAGCCACACCCUCCGGGAUCUCUGGUACCGUCAUUCUUGCUUGUGCCUUCCACACCUUCUCGGUGCAGAUCCCUGUGGGGGAGCUGCCUCGUGUUCUCUGGUCAGAGCAGCGCCUGGUGGGUGUUCCCUGGCCCACCCGCCUCUCUCUCUCUGCAGUUCCAAACCGCAGUCCAUAAGCCCGAGUCACCAGGACGGCCUAUCUGGCCACAGACGGGCUGCCUGUGGAGCCCGGCCACCCGCCCCGGGCAGCGCAGGCCUGCGGGGAGGAGGCCGCCCGUUCCCGUGGGUUCCUCACUGCGGGGACCAGCAAAGGUCUUCUCACUGGGUUGGUCAGAGGUAGUCACCUUGGCCUGGUGCAUCCACAGAGGAUGUUGCUCCAACCAGAAAUCUUUUAAACGACUGACCUUCCUUAAAAACGGAAUGACUGAUUGCUUGCUUGGGCUAGAAUGUACACGUCUCUUUGCCUGAAUAAGCCAUAUACAUGCUCUUAAACAAAAGUCUGAAAUUAUCCGUAUCGUCUCAGUGAACCUACUGGUGGACUGACUCCCAAUUGACAAGAUUGAGCAAUAGAAAAAAAUUCCUUUCCUUUGAAUGGUAACUGUGAUUCGCCCCACCCCAUUUUCCUGUUGCUGGUCCAUCCGGUGAGACAUGAGACGGAUGUUCUGAUGCGCUGAGGCCUCUGGGAGGCUGGGCCCUGGAGGCGACGUGCUGCAGGUGCGCGGCCAGAGUGAAUAGCACCGCGAGACUGGCCAGGCUCGUGGCUCGGAAGACAAACCCCACACACACUCAAGGGGAUGAACGCAAACCCCACCCGAGGGCGCUCUCCUCCUCCUCCUAGGUAGUAUUUAUUUUCAGCACCUGUUUGAUGCAGUUUUUAAUCCUCUACCUAUUGCACUGUUGUGACUCGUUGGCCAUUAUUUGAUUUUUGUACGAAAAAAAGCUUUGUUAUAGAAAUCAGCAUACUAUUUUUUUAAAUCUGGAGAGAAGAUAUUCUGGUGACUGAAAGUAUGGUCGGGUGUCAGAUAGCGAUGUGCAAAUGCCUUCUUGCUGUCCUGUCGGUCUCAGUACAUUCACUUUGUAGCUGCUGGCAAUAUCGAAGGUUCCUUUUUUGUUUGUGUAAACUCUAAUUUCUAUCAAGGUGUCAUGGAUUUUUAAAAUUAGUAUUUCAUUACAAAUGUCUCAGCAUUGGUUAACUAAUUUUUGCCAGGACCGUUAUUGAUCAAACAAAUAAAUUCAACAGCCAUUUGGGAAAAAGAAAAGCUUCUAGUGUUUUUGUAUACAUUCUUUCUGUGAGGAGACUGAGAACUCUGCGGCUAGUGAGGAGGUGGUUGAGGUACUUCUUCACGGCCAAGGGGGAACACAGUGUUUUGUUUUCAGCUCACUUUGUACCCCUCACCUCUGCAGACACGGGGAGAACCCCUGACCCCUGGCAUGCAUGCUGGCCGCGGCGUGCCUCCCUUCCACAAGCCCACGCUGCUGCAGAGGCAGCCUGUGUUUGCAAAACCCAGUGGACGGGGUUGGGUCUGCGGUCUGAGCAGCUCCUGGCUCCGGUGGGAACUGCAUACAAGUCCACUGGCCUGGCUUGGCCCCAGGCAUUGCCAUUUACAGACAUUUCCAUUUCACACGGUAAAUGAGGACUCAGCACAGCCAACCAUAAUUAACAUGUCUGGGAUAGACUGGUCUAGAAUAAAAAUGAAGUUUCCAUUGCUUUUUUUGCUUUAAAAAUUCCACAAUUAAAAUAUGUCAUUGAAAGCUUA